CGCCUCAUUAGGCCCCGCCCCGUCCUCAGGCCCCGCCCUCGACCGCCUCAUCCUCACCAGGCCUCACCCGGCCCUCAGGCCCCGCCCCCCCAUUCUCACCAAACCCGGCCUCCGGCCUCAGGUCCCGCGGCUGGACGCCAGCACGAGCCAUGGCGUCAGGCGGCGAUGGCGCGGAGGCCUCGGGCGGCCGGCGGGUGCUGGUGGUGGGCGGCGGCAUCGCGGGGCUCGGAGCCGCACAGAGGCUCUGCCGCCACCCGGCCGCCCAGCAUCUGCGGGUCCUGGAAGCCACGGCCUGCGCCGGGGGUCGCAUCCGCUCGGAACGCCGCUUCGGUGGCGUGGUGGAGGUGGGUGCACACUGGAUCCAUGGGCCCUCCCAGGGCAACCCUGUCUUCCAGCUGGCUGCUGAGUAUGGUCUCCUAGGGGAGAAGGAGUUGUCCAAGGAGAACCAGCUGGUGGAGACAGGUGGGCAUGUAGGCCUGCCUUCUGUGUGCUGUACUAGCUCCGGGGCACGUGUGAGCCUUGAGCUGGUGGCAGAGAUGGCCAGUCUGUUUUACGGGCUGAUAGACCAGACCCGGGAGUUCCUUCAUGCAACUGAGACCCCAGUGCCCAGCGUUGGGGAGUACCUCAAAAAGGAGAUCAGCCAGCAGGUAACCGGCUGGACAGAGAAUGAGGAGACCAGGAAGCUCAAGUUGGCCAUCCUGAACACCUUCUUCCACGUGGAGUGCUGCUUGAGUGGCACCCAUAGCAUGGACCUGGUGGCCCUUGCGCCCUUUGGAGAGUACACCGUGCUGCCAGGGCUGGAUUGCACCUUCUCUGGGGGCUACCAGGAACUUACCAACUGCAUCAUGGCCUCCUUGCCGAAGGACGUGAUGAUUUUCAACAUGCCUGUGAAGACUAUUCACUGGAACGGGUCCUUCCGGGAGGGCACAUUUCCUGGGGAGGCCUUUCCUGUGUUGGUGGAGUGUGAGGAUGGCAGCCGCCUUCCAGCACAUCACGUCAUUGUCACCGUUCCCUUAGGUUUUCUCAAAGAACAACAGAAUACCUUCUUUGAUCCUCCACUGCCUGCUGAGAAAGCAGAAGCAAUCAGGAAAAUAGGCUUUGGGACCAACAACAAAAUCUUCCUGGAGUUUGAGGAGCCCUUCUGGGAGCCCGACUGCCAGCUCAUCCAGGUGGUAUGGGAGGACACAUCACCCCUUCAGGACACAGCUCCCUCAAUGCAGGAUGCUUGGUUCAAGAAGCUCAUUGGCUUCUUGGUCCUGCCACCCUUCGGGUCUGUGCACGUGCUCUGCGGCUUCAUUGCUGGCCUGGAGUCUGAGUUUAUGGAGACUCUGUCUGAUGAAGAAGUACUUCUCUCUCUAACCCAAGUGCUCCGGAGAGUGACAGGAAACCCACAGCUGCCUGCGCCUAAGAGUGUGCUGAGGUCUUGCUGGCACAGUGCCCCAUACACCCGGGGCUCCUACAGCUACGUGGCCGUGGGCAGCACUGGAGAUGACAUAGACCAGCUGGCCCAGCCUCUCCCUGUGGACGACUCCAGCACCCAGCUCCAGAUCCUGUUUGCAGGGGAAGCCACACAUCGGACGUUUUACUCUACAACGCAUGGGGCCCUGCUGUCUGGCUGGAGGGAGGCUGAUCGCCUCAUUGGUCUGUGGGACCUGCAGUCCCAGCAGCCCCGGCCCCGGCUCUGAGCUCGGUUUCUACCUGGGUUGCUCCCUUGGGGGAUGCUGGGACCUGCCUUCUUUCAGUCUGGCUUGAGAUUCCAGGACCUCACUGACAGUCCUUUUUGGAUAACUGGGUCACCUCAUUUCUUAUGUCUGUCACUGGAACCUGCCAGGAUUGAGCUUGGACUGAUCUGGAAGUCGCUGGAUGCCACUGCUAGUGGGGAUGCUAUGUACAUAAAGCAGUUAAUGCCA